AUGGUGGCCGGCGGUUCCAAGAGAGCAAUAUCCCCAACCCGGGCCAUCUCACCUCCCCCAAUCAGACGCAAAGUCGAGUCAUCCGUGACAAAGAAAUCCGUGGCAACGUUCUUCACACCCCUGUCGCAGAAAAAGCCGGAGAAGAUUACAUGGCGCAUCGUGUACAGCCUGGUCAUCGGCAAGUACUCGCCGGACAGCGAGCCGCCGCGCGCGAAGAAGGAAAUGGCCAAAGUGGCCGCUUUUGAUCUUGACUCCACCCUCGUCGUCACAGCAUCGGGGAAUACCUUCCCGCGCGACUCGUCAGACUGGAAAUGGUUCAGUCCCAACGUUCCGACGAAGCUCAAGGCGCUGAGCGCGAGCGGCUACCACGUCGUGAUCAUCACCAACCAGAAACGAAUCAGCCUCACCCAAUCCCUCAGCAAGGGCCGCUCCGACUCCAAAAGCCUCACGAACUUUAAGGAGCGCGCGGCUGCCGUGAUGCGCCAGCUCGACAUCCCCGUCAGCGUCUACGCAGCUACCGAGGACGACGAGCACCGCAAGCCGCGCACGGGCAUGUGGCGCGAGUUCGUCGAGGACUGGGAUUUGGAUGUGUACGGUGUGGCCCUGGACGAGUCGUUCUAUGUGGGCGAUGCGGCGGGGCGCCCGGGGGAUCAUUCGACGGUUGAUCGCCGCUUUGCCGCCAACGUGGGCAUCCCUUUCAAGACACCGGAGGAGUUCUUCCUCGACGCGGCCCCUGAGCCCGCCGUCGGCGAGGUGUUCGACCCAUCUACGUAUCUCGCGGAUUUAUCAACCGAUGAACCUCCCCCGCCCUUCUCCCGCGUCCACCCCCUCGAACUCAUCCUCUUCUGCGGCAGCCCCGCCGCCGGCAAAUCAACCUUCUACUGGACACACCUGCAGCCGCUGGGCUACGAGCGCGUGAACCAAGAUCUCCUCAAAACCAGACAGAAAUGCCUCAAAGUCGCACGCGAGACACUCGCGGCCGGCUCGUCCGUCGUCGUCGAUAACACCAACGCAGACGCCGGCACGCGCGCAGAAUGGAUCUCGCUGGCUCGCGACAUGCACAUCCCCAUCCGCUGCGUGUACUUUACCUCCCCGCCGGACCUGUGCAGACAUAAUGCGGCGGUGCGCGCUGCGAAUCGGACUUUGAAUCCGGAGUCCCGUGCGCGGCUCCCGGGAGUCGCGUUUGGGGAUUUUCUGCGCCGGUUUAGGGAACCCACGCUGGACGAAGGGUUUAGUGAGAUCGUGCGGGUGGAUUUUCGGUUUCGCGGGGAUGAGGAGGCGAGGCGGCUUUGGGGCCAGUUUUGGGUUUGA